AUGUCGUUUGAGUUAGAAGAAGAAGAUGCCUUCGAUCACACGUUACUAGUGGUUCGAGAAGUUUCCGUGUUCAAAAUACCGCCGCGAUCCACCAGCGGUGGUUACAAGUGCGGCGAGUGGUUGCAAUCGGACAAGAUCUGGUCCGGGAGGCUCCGAGUGGUGUCGUGCAACAAUCGGUGUGAUAUCCGGUUAGAGGAUCCGAAUUCUGGUGAUUUGUUUGCUGCGUGUUUUGUGCAUCCUGGACAGAGGGAGAAUGCGGUGGAAUCGGUGCUUGAUUUGUCGAGAUAUUUUGGGUUGAAGAUUGAGGAUGGGAUGAGGAAGCAUGCCUUUAUCGGGCUAGGGUUUACGGAGCGGAAUGAGGCGUUUGAUUUCAAUGUGGCGUUGUCAGAUCAUGAGAAGUAUGUGAAGAGGGAGAGUGAGAAGGAGGAUGUGUGUAGAGGUUGAGACAGGGAUUAUAUAACCCUUUUAUUUUUUAGUUUGUUACAAAAUAGUCCCUCAAUAAAGGUUCUUUACACAAUAGCCCUUGA